AUGGCGACGUCCAGAACCGACGACACUGAGCGUCACAACGGCUCCUCAGAAACCUCUGGCGAGACGCCGGAUACUUCUGGUUAUUCCGACGCCGAUUUCACUUCUGAUUCUGAUGAGUGCACUGACGAUGAAAGCGACUGUAUUACACUGGAGAACAUCCCUACUCUACAGCUGACCUUAGCCGAAGAUGAAGACGAGGAAGAAUCUCUUGGCCUCGCACCAGAGGAGCUGGAGCGUAAGAUAUCAGACGCUAUAUCUACGGUAACAUGUGAAGGGGAUAAAGACAGCGAAAUGGAGAAAAUCUGUAACUUUGACUGCAGAUGCUACGGAAGAAGAGAGGAGAACUCUCUCAUUGGAACACAUUCGUGCAGCGACAAACUUUCUCCAGAGCUUAUGUACAGCCAGACGAAGAGAAAGCGCCCCCGGACCACUUAUUCCAUCGGAGGCAAUGAAGUCUGCAGGAAUACUUUUCAGUUUCUUAUGGGGCCUUUCUGUGCUGACGAGGCAAGAGACAUCACAUGCCCAGCGCCAAGGGUCACAGCAGAAGAGUCCGCAGAAGAGUCCGCAGAAGAGUCCACAGAAGAGGAUGCAGAAGAGUCCACAGAAGAGGAUGCAGAAGAGUCCACAGAAGAGGAUGCAGAAGAGGAUGCGGAAGAGGAUGCGGAAGAGGAUACAGAAGAGGAUGUGGAUGUGAUAUCACUAAAUAAUUUGACUCUCCUUCACACCCUCUCCACAAUGUGCUGAUCAGCCACAGGAGCUCAUUCAGCAACAGACUGAUCCAUCUACACUGCACUUCUAGAUUUCAAUAUCAAUUUAAUUUCACUUAUAGAGCACCAAAACAAUACACAUGUCUCAUGACGCUUUACAGAGUGUUGGUUGUAGAUGUGUAGAUGUGGUUUAUACCUUGGAUUAUGGCACAAGGGAUUGUAACAUCUUAUCCUGUGUGUUAAUGAAUGAUAUUCAGGGGCUUUUUGUAAUAAAAGCAUUUCCAUUUCAAUAAAGUACCUUCUAAUUCUGA